AUGCAAGAAACUAAAUCACUCAUCAUCCAAAAGUUUAAAAAAUCACUAACAAAAUUAAAAUUAACCUUCUUUGAAAUCAAAAAAAAAAUAAACCCUAUAAAAUUAUUGCCGCCGACGGAAAAAAAGUUCUCAAACCUAACCAGAAGAAGAACACCGGAAUUCUUUCUCUCCUCUCUACCGGUCGUCGGAUUGAUCUCCUCCUCCAUAUAUUCUCUCUCCUCUCCUAGAAGUCGUCGGAUUGAUAUCCUCUUCCGUAUACGCUCUCUACUCUCCGAGAAGUCGUCGGAGUACUCAUCACUAAAUUCCGCUGUGUGCUCCGCCGGUUACCGCUUUCUCUUCCGUCUCCUCCGCCUGACUAAACAUCUUGGAAUUAAGUACGUCAUCAAAGUGCCAUUUCAAUCACCAAAAACUUGCAUGAAGCUCAAUAAAAUGAUCACAUCAAACCCAAUAUCUUUCUUCAUCCUAUUGGCAAUAAUCAGCCUACUGCUUCCUACCUUAAUAAUCCCAUUUUGGAUUUUAAAAAUCAAAGCAAUUGAAAAAGAAGUUGAUUUGAUGACGAAGAAAUCUCAUGAAGAAACAUGGUCUGUCAUACAACAUGCAGCAACCACAUUGUUUCCAAUGAAAUCAUCAGCAACCAACUUAGCUAAACUUGCAACCGUUUCUCUGGGUAAAAGUAAAACAGACCUGAUCUCAUUCUCUCACAUAGAAUCUCAAGUGUCUCCAUUGCUGUUUCAAGCACUGUUAACGAUCCCACACCUGUCACAAGUUUCAUAUAUCAGACAAGAUGGCUUGCUUUUUGCAUUAUACUCCAACAACCAACAUCAUAUAUUUGCUAUUUAUUCCAACACUUCGUUUUCUAGAAACGGUUAUUCGUGGUACACUCAGCCUAUUGAUUCGGAUACAGGGAAGUUGUAUGGAGAUGCAGUUGUGUUUCCAUCUCAAGUUUUGGCUAACGAAACGUGGUUCCAACAAGCUUUGAAUUCUACAAAUGGAUGUGCUUCAGCUUCAUUAGGGAAGUCAUUGAAUGAUGUGAAUGAUUUGCUUGUCUUGAAUACAGCUGGUGUGGAUAAAAAUGGAGUCAUCUCACUUGGCUUUCGUCUCAAAUCGUUAAUGAAUGGCAUAAAACCUUCUGGUGGAGGUUUGUACUUGGCUACAAAAGAUCAUGGUAAUGUUGUUGUACAUGAACCAGAGGGGAAUAAGACGAUAUCUUUUCAGCUAUGGAAUAGGAAUCAUGGUCCGGAAUCAUAUCAUGUUGUAACGAUUUCAGGAACAAAAUAUAUCUUGUACUAUUCUUCCUCCCUUGAUGAUCACAUCAUCGGAAUGGAGUUGGUAUAUGUAUUGGCAUUACCAUAUGAUGGUAUUGGUGGAGCAGAAAGCAGGAUGCAUAAGAAUAUACUAGUAUUUGGUUUGUUGCUUCUUUCACUGUUGUUUGUGAUUGUUGCCACCUCUAUCUUCAGUUUUGUGGUGUUAACAGUGAGAGCAGCAAAAAAAGAGAUGUGCCUAAAAGCUGCUCUUAUAAAACAGAAGGGAGCAACACAAGAAGCAGAAAGAAAGAGCAUGAAUCAAAGUGUUGCAUUUGUUACUGCUAGCCAUGAUAUUCGUGCUUCAUUAGCAGGCAUUGCUGGAUUGUUAGAGAUGUCCAUCAACGAGGUCGAUGAUCAACGAUCAGAAUUAGCUAAAAACUUGAAACUUGUGCAGAUAUGUUCAGGAGAUCUUUAUGGUAUACUCAACUCUAUUCUUGAUACAAGUAAAAUAGAAGCUGGGAAGAUGGAGCUAGAAGAAAAAGAGUUCGACUUGACAAAAGUAGUUGAGGGUGUGGUUGAGUUGUUCUAUCCUGUUGGUCUGAAAAAAGGAGUGGAUGUGAUUUUGGAUCUCCAAGAUGCUUCUUUGACCAAAUAUUCUCAUCAUGUAAAAGGGGAUGAAGGCAGGCUUAAACAGAUAUUGUCCAACUUACUCAACAAUGCUAUCAAAUUUACCUCAGAGGGUAAUGUGUCUGUCCGCGCUUGGUCCAGGAAGCGUGGAUUACGGUAUACACAUGAUGAAGAAUCUACAGGAGGAAGAGGAGGAUGUCGCUGCUUAUUUUUCAACAAAACCGAAGCGCGUAUAGAUGAAUUCCAUGAUGAUCCUAAUUCCAUGGAAUUCGUAUUUGAAGUCGACGAUACUGGAAAAGGUAUUCCCAAAGAGAAACAAGCGUCUAUCUUUGAAAACUAUGUCCAGGUCAAAGAAACGGGUCCUGAAAUUGAAGGCACUGGCUUAGGCCUUGGAAUCGUCCAGUCUCUGGUACGAUUGAUGGGCGGAGAGAUAAGUAUAGUUGACAAGGGAGUGGGCGAAAAGGGCACAUGCUUCAGAUUCAAUGUUGUGUUUAAGGUUUGUGUAUCUGAUCUCAGUGAAGACGACAAGACUGUGAAAAGCUCUCCUCCUCCUUCUUCUUCUUCUUCUAUAGUUGUUCUCUUCAUUAGCAGUGAUGAAAGGCGAAAAAUGGCACAAAAAUUUAUAGCAGCGCAAGGAAUUAAAGUUUUAGCAGUGAAAAGCAUAGGACAACUAUCAGAAAGUCUCAGGGAGUUUAGACGACAAGAAGAGGAACAGAACAAAUCAUCAUCUGAUUUAAGUUUAAGUUUUGGGUAUCUCAACUGGCCCACACCGAUACCAGCAUCAAAUGGAGUUGGAGUUCCUUUAAGCGCAUUGGUUGGGACUGAUGUGUCGCAGACCCCACAAAGGAAUAAUAAUAAUAAUCAAACUGCAUGUCGUCGUGUGCCAAAUUUCAUAUUGCUUGUGAUCGAUACAACACGGGUUGACUUCAAUGAGCUAUGCAAAGCAGUUGCUGAAUUCAGAAAAAACUCCAAGAAUGCAUGUUCUAGAAUCGUCUGGUUAGGUUCUAAGUGCAUUCAACUCCAAGGCCUCGACCAGAAGAAGCUUCCCCCGUCUGACAUCAUCAUACCCAUGCCGCUCCAUGGCUCACGUCUACACUCGUUGAUACAUCUUCUUCCAGAAUUUGGGGGGAACUUCCCCGCCACACCACCACAUGCAAAUCAUCACCAAAUCACAAAACAAGAAGAAGAAACCGAAAGUAGCAGCAACCCUUUAAGAGGGAAAAAAGUGUUGGUGGCAGAAGAUGAUUCUCUGCAGCAGAUGAUAGCCAAGAAGAUCCUUUUGAAGCUUAGCGUGAGUUUUGAGAUGUGCAGAAACGGGAAAGAAGCUUUCACCAUGGUCUCCGAAGGGCUAAGUCAUCAAACAAAUCUCGGAGCUUCACAUAUUCUGCCCUAUGAAUAUAUCUUUAUGGAUUGUCAGAUGCCGGAGAUGGAUGGUUGUGAAGCAACAAGACUGAUACGAGUUAAGGAGAAAGAAUAUGAAGAUACUAAAAGCGAUUCAAGAACUCCACAGAAGAAAUUAAAUGAUUUCGUGAAAUAAAUGCAGCUUAGAUUUGGCAAUUCUCUUUGAAACCAGUUUGGAAAUAAACUCUCAAGAUUGUGUUGUUCCAAUUAGUUGGUGAACCAAACAAAACUUGUCCUGCAACUGCAAGGUGUAUUAGAAGAAUCAAAAUUGGGAAAUUCGGCUAGUCUGCAAAUUAAAGUAUAUGCACACCAUUUUCAGUUAAUUCAUGAUUCCUGUAGCCUUGUAGGUAGGUAUUGGUAGUAGUUAUGAGACAAACACUCGUUGUUACAUUUGUCUAACCAUAUAUU